CAGAUAUAAUAUAUAUUAAUACGUGGUAAAUAAUGACACGUUGUUCAAGAUGGAAGCAGUAAAAAAAGCAAAAGAGCGAUUUAGAAAGUACCCAAUUGUCAUUGCGCAAUGCCAUGAAUCUGGAGCUAAGUAUGCUGCAUGUGUAUUAGCAAAGUCUAAUUUGCAAAAAGGCGACUGUGAAAGUGAGUUUAAGGAAUUUAAGACAUGCCUAAUGAGAGCUGCUGCAAAAAAUAAUACAAAACUAUAAAGUAAAACUUUAUUUGCUAUAAAGAAUUGUUUA